CCCAGGGUCGGUGACAGUCGAGGAGCCCGGCGAUGCCCUCAGCUGAGGCGGAGACAGAGAGGCGCCGGCAGUAUCCAGCACAGAGAGCUGCCCCCUCGGUGCCCCCAGGAGGCAAUUGUGGGGAGAAUGGUGAAUGACUGACCACGUGGACACUGGCUUUUCAGCAUUUCUUGGAGUCUCUGCGGAGCCCCCAGGCCAGACCCCAGCAGCUCUGAUUGGGUCCCCGGCUGCCUACCCGGCUUCGAGCUCCUGGGAAGAGCGGAGUCAUCGGCAAGAGAGCCCGGAGAGCUGAGGCCCAGAGGGAACAUGCCAGCUAACCAGAGUUCUCCCCAGUGGUCCUCGGUCCUGGCUGCAGAGGGACAUGGCAGCCUGUGUGAGGUCUCCGUGUCAUUUGAGGAUGUGACUGUGGACUUCAGCAAGGAAGAGUGGCAGCACUUGGACCCUGCUCAGAGACGCUUGUACCGGGAUGUGACGCUGGAGAAUUACAGCCACCUGCGCUCAGUGGGGUGCCAGGUUCCCAAACCAGAGGUCAUCUUCAAGUUGGAGCAAGGAGAGGGGCCAUGGACAUUGGAGGGGGAAACCCCACAUCAGAGCUGGUCAGACGAAGAUAUUGGGGGAAAGCAACACCAGAGAAUUGCUGGGAAAGUUUCAUUGCAUUGUGAGAAAUUUGGUCAACCCAUAGGAGAAGAUCCAUUGUGUUCCAUUUUAGAAGAAUUGUGGCAAAACAACAGCCAGCUAGAGAGAUAUCGGGAGAGCCAGAAUCACCCUUUAAGUCAUGUGAAAGUGUUGAUUAAGGAGAGAGGCUAUGAAUGUAAGAAUAUUGAAAAAAUAAUCCAUGUGAGUACCAAGCUUGUCCCUUCAAUUAAAAGUCUCCGUAACUAUGACCCAUUUGGAAAGAGUCUGAAGCAUACUUUAAACUUACACAAUCAUAAUAAAAGCAAUGCAACAAAGAAGCUUGAUAAGAUUUUUGGAAAUGAUAAUAAUUUUGCCCCUAGCUCUUCGUCUCCUGAGACUGUGAAUACAGGGGCAAAUUCCUGUGACAUUAAUCAAUGUGAAAAACAUCUUGGCAACAAACAAACUCUCAUCCACCAUCAGACAAUUCAGACUGGGGAGCAACUGCCUGUAUGUACUGAGUGUGUAAAGAGCUUCCCCCAAAAGCCGCAUCUCUCUGAGCAUCAGAGAAUUCAUGCUGAGGAAAAAUCCCAUGAAUGUCAUAAAAGCCACAAAGCCCUCAGGCAGAAGCCACCAAUUAAUGUACCUCAAAGUGCUUAUACAGGAGACAAACCCUAUAUAUGUACUCAAUGUGAGAAGGCCUUUACUCUCAAGUCGAACCUCAUUACACAUCAGAAAAUUCAUACUGGGCAGAAACCCUAUAAAUGCAGUGAAUGCGGAAAAGCCUUUUUCCACAGAUCCUAUCUCUUUAGACACAUGAGAAUCCAUACGGGAGAAAAGCCCUACGAAUGCCGUGAGUGUGGAAGAGGCUUCUCCCAGAAUUCAGACCUUACCAUACAUCAGAAAACUCAUACGGGAGAGAGACACUACGCGUGCAGCGAAUGCGGGAAAGCCUUCACCAGAAAGUCAGCACUCAGAAUGCAUCAGAGAAUCCACACAGGAGAGAAACCCUACGUAUGCCCUGAAUGCGGGAAGGCCUUCAUCCAGAAAUCCCACUUCAACACACAUCAGAGAAUCCAUACCGGUGAGAAGCCUUACGAAUGCAGCGAGUGCAGAAAGUCGUUCACUAAGAAGUCACAGCUCCACGUGCAUCAAAGAAUUCACACAGGGGAAAAACCCUAUAUAUGUACAGAAUGUGGAAAGGUCUUCACACACAGGACAAACCUCACUACACAUCAGAAAACUCAUACUGGAGAGAAACCCUAUACGUGUGCUGAAUGUGGCAAGGCUUUCAGCGACCAGUCAAAUCUCAUUAAACACCAGAAAACGCACACUGGAGAGAAACCCUAUAAAUGCAACGGCUGUGGAAAAGCCUUCAUAUGGAAGUCACGCCUCAAAAUACAUCAGAAAUCUCAUAUUGGAGAGAGACACUAUGAAUGCAACGAAUGUGGGAAAGCCUUCAUCCAGAAAUCGACACUAAGUGUGCAUCAGAGAAUCCACACAGGAGAGAAACCCUACGUUUGUCCUGAAUGCGGGAAGGCCUUCAUCCAGAAAUCCCACUUCAUUGCACAUCAUAGAAUCCACACCGGAGAGAAGCCUUACGAGUGCAGUGACUGUGGAAAGUGCUUUACUAAGAAGUCACAGCUUCGUGUGCAUCAGAAGAUUCACACAGGGGAGAAACCCAAUAUAUGCACCGAAUGUGGAAAGGCCUUCACUGACAGGUCCAAUCUGAUAACACACCAGAAAAUCCACACUAGAGAGAAACCCUAUAAAUGUAGUGACUGCGGAAAAACCUUCACUUGGAAGUCCCGCCUCACUAUCCAUCAGAAAUCUCAUACUGGAGAGAGACACUAUGAAUGCGGUAAAUGCGGGAAAGCCUUCAUCCAGAAAGCAACGUUAAGCAUGCAUCAGAUUAUUCAUACUGGAAAGAAACCCUAUGCCUGUACAGAAUGUCAGAAGGCCUUCACCGACAGAUCGAAUCUCAUUAAGCACCAGAAAACUCACAGUGGAGAAAAAGCAUAAAGCCACCGACUGAAAAGGCCUUCAGCUGGGACUCAAACCUGGAGAUACAUCAGAGGUCUCAGAGUAGGGAAGAGGAGUGCCAGAUGCUGUGAUCAGGGGUGCGGGGUUGGGGCAGGGAGUGGGCAUGACGGCCCACAGCUUAAGGGAACAGAAGGCAAACAAAGCCAAGUGUCCUUCAGCCAAUUGGAAAUAGAAACACUGGCACCACCAGUUGAUGUGCAAUUAUAUGCAGAGGGAAACACUUUGAUAUGGGAUUUGGGCCAUAGUCCUUUUCGGUUGCAUGAUUAACGUGGAGACCCUCAAGCUCCUGCAAACAGUAGAAAGACAGACCCCAGGAGAUGACUUGUAAUCUCUUAUGUUUCACUUUUUGGAUUGUAUAAAUUCAGCACUGAUUGGUUCUUCAUACCCUGGGAUGAGGAAGUGCUUAAUACCGGCCACCUUCUUUUCUAAUGUCUCGGGUGGGGAGAAGAGUUUUCAUUGUCCAAACACCCUUGGAGCACCAAAGUCAAGGCAAAAACCUACUGGGAAGACAGAUCUGUGAGGAGAAGCCAGAAGUUUUUGUGAUCAUUGACAUUUAAGACCCAG